AGUCAAAAUUUUAAUCAUGCGAUUUUGGAUAUUUAGAAAUAUUGGAGAAGGAAUAGAAAAAAUCCCGCACGGAAAGCAAACGCGUCCUCUCCCGCCAUGGCCACCAACACUCAUUUCAUCCUCACACUCCAACCACGUUACCCUUUUUCUCUUUCAUCUUCUUCUUCCGCUUCUUCUUUCCCAUUUCUUCCAACUAACACCGCUCUCUCUUUCUCUCACCUUCGCUUUGGAUAUCUUCCUCUUUCCCUCAAUUUCCGUGCCUCCUUCUCCUUUAAGUCCCCUACCUCAACCAUUAGCGCAUUCUCCGACGCCGAGGAGGACGAAGAAGAGGAAGAAGAAGAAGACGAAGAAGACGAAGAAGAAGAAGAUGAAGACGACGGCGUUGCUGCCGACGAGUACGACGACUUAUCUGCUGAUGCUUCCGAGGAAGACGCUGGUGUGUUCGCUCGCCACGACGGAUUCAAGUGGCAGAGAGUCGAGAAGCUCUGCAACGAAGUCAGGGAGUUCGGCGCGGAUAUCAUCGACGUCGAAGAGCUGGCCUCCAUCUACGAUUUUCGUAUCGACAAGUUUCAGCGGCAGGCGAUACUGGCGUUUCUGAGAGGCUCCUCGGUAGUGGUUUCUGCUCCGACGAGCAGCGGGAAGACGCUGAUUGCGGAAGCGGCGGCGGUGGCUACGGUUGCUAGGGGACGGCGAAUAUUCUACACGACGCCGCUCAAGGCGUUGUCCAAUCAGAAGUUUCGGGAAUUCCGUGAGACUUUUGGUGACAGUAAUGUUGGCCUUCUUACGGGUGAUUCUGCUGUGAACAAGGAUGCUCAGGUUUUGAUUAUGACCACGGAGAUAUUGCGCAACAUGUUGUACCAGAGUGUUGGCAAUGUUUCUUCUAGAAGUGGACUUGUGAAUGUUGAUGUGAUUGUUUUGGAUGAAGUUCAUUAUCUUAGUGACAUAUCUCGCGGUACAGUCUGGGAGGAGAUUGUUAUUUAUUGCCCAAAAGUAGUUCAACUAAUUUGCCUGUCAGCAACUGUUGCAAAUCCAGAUGAGUUGGCUGGCUGGAUUGGUCAGAUUCAUGGUAAAACUGAAUUGGUAACAUCCUCAAAACGCCCAGUUCCAUUGACUUGGCAUUUCUCUAUGAAGAAUUCCUUAUUUCCACUUCUUGAUGAGAAAGGAACGCAAAUGAACAGGAAGCUGUCAUUCAAUUAUUUACAACAUCAAGCUGCAGGAGCUAAACCUUACAAAGAUGAUUGGUCUAGAAAGAGGAACUCUCGGAAACGGGGAACACGCUUUAGCUAUGAUAGUGAUGAUAGCAUGUUUGAACAACGUUCUCUUUCAAAGAAUGACAUAAAUGCCAUACGUCGAUCUCAAGUUCCUCAAGUAAUUGAUACAUUAUGGCAACUUCAGUCCAGGGAUAUGCUGCCAGCUAUUUGGUUUAUUUUUAGCAGGAAGGGUUGUGAUGCAGCUGUGCAAUAUCUUGAAAGCUGCAAACUUUUAGAUGAGUGUGAAUCAAGUGAGGUUGAACUAGCCUUGAAGAAGUUUGGCAAGCAAUAUCCUGAUGCUGUCAGAGAAUCAGCUGUAAAAGGACUUUUGCAAGGGGUUGCCGCACAUCAUGCUGGAUGUCUACCUUUGUGGAAGGCAUUCAUAGAAGAGUUGUUUCAAAGAGGACUUGUUAAAGUUGUUUUUGCUACAGAAACCUUGGCUGCUGGAAUUAAUAUGCCUGCUAGAACAGCUGUUAUUUCAUCUCUCAGCAAAAGGGGUGACAGUGGGCGUAUAGCAUUAAGCUCAAAUGAACUGCUUCAGAUGGCUGGGCGUGCUGGACGCAGAGGCAUUGAUGAGAGUGGUCAUGUAGUUCUCAUCCAAACUACUAGCGAAGGAGCUGAGGAGGGCUGCAAAGUUCUGUUUGCUGGACUAGAGCCUCUAGUGUCUCAGUUUACUGCUUCAUAUGGGAUGGUUUUGAAUCUUCUUGCUGGUGUGAAAGCCAUUCAGUGGUCAAAUGAAUCAGGUAACACGAAACCUUCCACGGGAAGAACUUUGGAAGAAGCUAGGAAAUUAGUUGAGCAAAGUUUUGGGAAUUACGUUAGUAGCAAUGUAAUGCUGGCUGCUAAAGAGGAACUUAAUAAAAUUGAGAAAGAAAUUGAGUUGCUUAUGUCAGAAACUACUGAUGAAGCUAUUGAUAGAAAAACCAGGGAGGCCUUAGCACCACGGCAAUACAAGGAAAUUGCAGAAUUACUGGAAGAUUUAAGAUCAGAAAAGCGUGUUCGGACUAAGUUGCGUAAACAGGUGGAAGCAAAGAGAAUGUCUGCCCUGAAACCUUUGUUGGAGGAGACUGAAAGUGGACACUUGCCAUUUUUAUGCUUGCAGUAUAGAGAUGCUGAAGGAGUUGAACAUUCAAUUCCUGCUGUGUUUUUGGGGAAGGUUGACUCCCUUAAUGCUUCAAAACUCAAAACUAUGAUUUCUUCUGUUGAUUCUUUUGCAUUGAAUUUAGCAGAAGCAGAGCCAAGUGUUGCAGAUUCUGCACUGAAUAAAGAUAUUAAACCUUCAUACCAUGUGGCUCUUGGUUCAGAUAACACUUGGUAUCUAUUUACAGAAAAGUGGAUUAAGACAGUAUACGGGACAGGCUUUCCUAAUGUUUCAUUGGGUCAAGGGGAUGCUCGACCUCGAGAAAUUAUGAGCACCCUACUUGAUAACGGUGAUAUGAAUUGGGAUAAGCUUUCUCAAUCCGAGCAUGGUGGUUUAUGGUUCAUGGAAGGAUCUCUUGAUACAUGGUCUUGGAGCUUGAAUGUUCCUGUUUUGAGUAGCUUGGUGGAAAAUGACGAACUACUACUAAAGUCUCAAGAUUAUAAAGAUGCCAUUGAAUGUUACAAAGAACAAAGAAAUAAAGUUUCACGGUUGAAGAAAAAGAUAUCUCGUAGUGAAGGCUAUAAAGAAUAUUUUAAAAUUAUAGGCGCAGUGAAGUUUGUUGAGGAGAAAAUCAAGCGCCUGAAGAAUAGAUCUAAACGUUUGAUUAAUAGGAUUGAACAGAUUGAACCCUCAGGUUGGAAGGAGUUUAUGCAGGUUAGCAAUGUCAUUCAUGAAAUCAGAGCUUUAGAUAUCAAUACACAUGUUAUAUUUCCACUUGGUGAAACCGCUGGUGCAAUUCGAGGAGAAAAUGAGCUAUGGCUUGCGAUGGUUCUUCGCAAUAAAAUUUUACUAGAUCUAAAACCUGCGCAGCUCGCAGCAGUGUGCGCAAGUUUGGUGUCCGUGGGUAUCAAAGUCCGACCCUGGAAGAAUAACAGUUACAUUUAUGAGCCUUCUGCAACUGUAACGAAAUUUAUAACAUUAUUAGAUGAACAAAGAAAUGCCUUAUUGGCAUUGCAGGACAAACAUGGGGUUACAAUCUCUUGCUGUUUGGAUAACCAGUUUUGCGGCAUGGUUGAGGCCUGGGCUUCUGGGUUGACAUGGAGAGAAAUAAUGAUGGACUGUGCAAUGGAUGAUGGCGAUUUAGCUCGUCUCCUUCGGCGAACCAUUGAUCUAUUAGUUCAGAUUCCAAAGUUGCCAGAUAUUGAUCCAUUGUUGCAGCGCAAUGCAAAGGCUGCUUCUGCUGUUAUGGACCGGCCUCCAAUAAGUGAGCUUGUGGGGUAAUUUCUCUGUCUCUAACCAUUUGUUUGUAGGUUAUGUAUAAUUAAUUUUCAGCAGUGCUUUUAUGAUUUAUCAUCAUCAUUAAUAUUAUUAUUAACAAAAAUUUAGGAGAAAGGAAAUUGUUCCAUUCCAAUGUAAAUCGAACCCAAACUGGCUUUCGUUUGGGUUAUUUCUUAUUGGCAGAUGAUAUCAUUGCUGUUAAAAAUACGUUAAUUUACAACAAUUUAUAUUAAAAUAAAAUUUUUAUCCUUCAG